AUGCGGGACCCCCAGAGACAGGAGUUUGGAUUGAUUGCCAACAUCAGUGCAGCUGGUGCCGAGACACUGCGAUUUGGUUCCAGACCCUCUGGCAUCGAUCAGGGGGCUAUUUGCUGCAUGGCCUGUGAGGUUGGGAACGACACGAAGAGCGAGUUCGGUGCCUGUGCAGUUGUGGGUGACCACAUUGGCAUGGUUGACAUCUGCGCAUGCUGUGUCUCAUUUUCCCAACACGCUGAUAUCGCUGUGCAUGGAGACGAAAUUCUGUUGAUUCCAAUUGUGACGCUUGUGCUUGCGUUGUCGUGCGAAGUGUGCGGUUGA